AUGCGAUUAAAAGAUGAUGAACGACCAUUACUAUAUGAUAGAGUAAUCUCGACAAAAUUUUUGCCUGUUAUUGAUAUACCUAAUGCAGCUCGUGUAAAACUUAUUUUGUAUAAUGUAAAUGAUCGACCAAUUAUAUACAAAUUUAAAUGUGAAACAAAAGCAUUAAUUACAGCUGAACCACAUGCUUCUGGUACAAUACCAGCACACGGAUUUAAUUGUUGUUUACUAACAUGGCGACGAGCACCUGAAAUAAACAAUUGGAAAGAUAUGAAAUCAACUUCAUUGUUAAUGAUUACAGAAUUUGAAGGUUCUGAUGAUCCAAAUAUAAACGAGCAUACAGUUACAAGAAUUAAAUGUCGCAUAUCAUCAUCAGCAAUGUGUAAUAGUACGAAACCACCUGAAGAACAUAUUACCUUUAAAAGUUCUCUUGAUUCAGUGGUACCUCGAAGUUCAGGUGUAGAAUCGAGAAUAAUUGCUCCAAUUACAGGAUUAAAACAUUUAUCAAAUACAUCUCAAAUAUCAUCAAAAAAUCUUAUGACUGUAAAUAAGCGUCAACUAUCAUCGACCAGUAGUACUUCGGAACGUUCAACAGGAUUUUAUAUGGAAGCUAAGGGUACAAUUAUUAUUGCAUUAAUUAUUAAACUAUUGAAAAUUAUAAGUGAUAGACAGAUAUUGAAUACAUAUAUUGAUGAUGAAUCAAAUUUUGAUGAGGUAAUUGUUCCUGGAAAUGAAAUUGAGGAAAAAAAUGCAGCAAAUUUGAUAAAUAUUGCUUGUUAUGAUCAUGAUGGAGUACCAUUUCCAGGUUUUCUUUGUCCACUCAUUAAAAUUAUGGCUCAUGAAUAUGGAAAUUGGCGAAGUAAGAUAAUAGAAAAUUUAACUUGUGAAGAUUUAAUGGAUUUAAAUACCCAUCCAUGCAAUCAUAACAAUAGUUCGUGUGUUUUAAUGGCACUGCCAAAUAGUCAUCUCAUUUUGGGUUGUAUGGACGAUAGUACAGGAAAAUUUGUUGCACCACAAAAAUGGCUUGGAAAUAAUAAAAAAUAUGCGAAUUAUUUAUUUGAUUUUAGAGUUGAUAAUCCAUUACGUUUAUCACAACAUUGCAAGAAAUAUAAAGAUGGACGACCAGUAUGUCUAAGAAAUAAUUUAUUCUAUCGAAAAUUUCCUAUCCUUCAACAACUUACGUGUUGCUGUAAAGGAGAUUUUUGCGCCGAUAUACUUUUUGACCAGUCUGGUUUCAAUCCAUUACCAUUCUUACAUGUGUCAGUUGAUCUGAAAAGUUUGAUAAACAGCAAUGAUUAA